UGGCAGGGCUCCAGAGGGCGAGGCUUUGAUGGACACUCCCCAGUGGCAGGUCCUGGGAAGCUAACUUGCGAGUGGCACUUGUUAAGUGCUGUCCGAGAAUCGUCCAGGUCUUUAGGCUCCCUCGAGGUGUUUAGCCACUGCUGGAAAGUCCAAGCUAAAGAUGCCGGUGAUGAAUCACCUCAGAGUGAUUCUGCGAGCGUCUCCCUGUACAUUGCUGUGGAGAAGCUUCCAGGUUCCAAGGUCCAUGCCAGUGAGGUCCUGCAGUCUUUACACCUGCACUUACAGAACCCGGAACCGAGCCUUACCUCCACUCUGGGAGAACUUGGACCUUGUUCCUGCGGGUGAUCGGCAGUCACCCAUCAACAUCCGAUGGAGGGACAGUGUUUAUGACCCUGGCUUAAAACCACUCACUCUCUCUUACGACCCGGCCACCUGCCUCCACAUCUGGAAUAAUGGGUACUCUUUCCUCGUGGAAUUUGAAGAUUCUACAGAUAAAUCAGUGAUUGAGGGAGGACCCCUGGAACACAACUACCGACUGAAGCAGUUUCAUUUUCACUGGGGGGCCAUUGAUGCCUGGGGUUCUGAGCACACUGUGGACAGCAAAUGCUACCCAGCAGAGCUGCACUUGGUACAUUGGAAUGCAGUCAAAUUUGAAAGCUUUGAGGAUGCAGCACUGGAAGAAAAUGGUUUGGCUGUGAUAGGUGUAUUUUUAAAGCUAGGCAAACAUCAUGAAGAACUACAGAAACUGGUGGACACUUUGCCAUCAAUUAAGCACAAGGACACCCUGGUGGAAUUUGGAUCUUUUGACCCUUCCUGUCUGAUGCCUACUUGCCCAGAUUAUUGGACCUACUCCGGGUCUCUCACUACACCACCCCUCUCAGAGUCCGUUACCUGGAUCAUUAAGAAGCAGCCAGUAGAGGUUGAUCGUGAUCAGCUUGAGCAGUUUCGGACCCUGCUUGUCACUUCUGAGGGGGAGAAAGAGAAAAGAAUGGUGGACAACUUUCGCCCACUUCAGCCACUGAUGAACCGUACUGUCCGCUCAUCCUUCCGCCAUGAUUAUGUGCUCAAUAUACAAGCGAAACCCAAGCCAGCAGCCAGCCAAGUCACCCCCUAAGAUGUUCAUACUUAGGCAGCAUCUUUCUUUAAUGCGUAUUAGCUUAAAAUCUUAACUAGAUUAUUUUAAAAUGCUGCACUUAAUACUUACAUUUAUACAUUUAUGUUUUUUUUCCUUCCUUUGUUGUAACAACAUUUCAAAACUCUUAUCCUUGUAAAGCAAAGACAGGAAGACAAAACAAUAAAAACAAAAACCCCAAACCAAAUAAUAUCAGGUUACCUGUAGAUGUAACCAACCGUCUUAUUAAAUAAGAAACACAGAGCCAAUGCAAAGACGAAAGCCAAGAGAUCAGAGCUAAGAGCCUUACCCGCCUGCUGCAGCUAGCCUCUUCAGCCAAGAGACCUCUCCGAAAGAGACCUACUUUCUGUCU